GUGAUCAACGGUUGCUUGAAAACAUCUGCGUCAUUUGGUCGCAGUAAGCGGUACUUAAAACAUUACUAAACGUUUUCAAGCGAAACCACUUUAAACUUCAGUACCCACGUAACUAUUUAUGUAUUUCAUAUGAUCAAUUUAUAUCCACCACAUCACGACUGUGGCACAACGCAUUGCUUGUGACGCACAUGCUGUACUUGGUGAACUCUUGUCCUCUUGUGGUGGGUUAGCUCACGAAACGAAACGGUGAGGCCCUCAAUCGGUUGAAGCCAAGGCCAAAGCUCAAAGCUCAAAUAUUCAUGGAAAACAUAAACGCACGAGAAUAGCAAAACGACUGUCAGCGUCAGCAAACAAAAUGCUGAGUGUUAGUCGAGUGGAAGCCGCUCCCAGAAAUUGGGACUCCUGGAACUAAAUAAGAGCAAAAGUUAAUUUAACUAAAUAAAUAAGUAAAAUAAAUAAGGAAUUUAAACUAUUUCAAAAUUGUUCAAUCAAAAAAAAAAAAAUGUUUGACUAUCAAAUAUUCAAACUGAUUUCGGUGAAAUAACUUGAAAGCAAUCAGUGUGACCGGCAUUUGAGCUUAAUACGCUCAUUUCGUCACUUUGGGCACACUUCCACAAAACCAUAAUGCAUAUCUGUCUAGUUGCCGCGAAAACUGCCAGCAACUGAGCUUUAAUCCGCCCGAGAAGAUGACACUAAUUGGGCCGCGGUCAGUGCUGAGUGUUGUUAGUGUUUUUGUUUGGGACUCAGUGUUUGGGUUUCUUUUUCUGUUUCUGUUUCGUUUUAUGUUUUUAGUGCGACGCAUUUUAGUGCUCAGUGUCAGUGUCGCUUGGUUCUUCACGGACAACUGACGACUGUUGAUUCCGUGUUGUGUGUGUCCUGAUUUUGGUCACCUGUCGAAAAUUGCGAGUGCGAAUUAAUAUGACGCCGCCCCGGCUAAGUCGCUAUUUGAUGGCAGUGCGUGGUGGGCGCGAUGGGGAGCAGCACAGCAAGAACUCGCAGACCGACGAAGAGAAGCAGCGCGAUCGACAGCGCAACGAGCGCGAGGCCAAAAAGGAAGAGCAGGACGCCAUCAACUACAAGCGCGACAAGGAGCAACGCGAGGCCCGUCUGCUGGACUUUGAGAUACGCCGCCAGCAGAAGCGGGACGAGCAGCAGCAGCAGCGCCAGCAGCAGCAGCAACUGCAGCAGCACCGCGAGCAACAGCACCAGCAGCAGCAGCAGCAGCAGCAGCAACAUCAGCAGCAGCGCGAGCAACUGCAACAGCAACACCGUGACCAUCAGCAACAUCAGUCCAGUGAGAAGAGCCCGCCCACCUCGUCCGCCGCCUACCAGCCACAUACGCAUCAGCAACACCAGCGACAGCAUUUGCAUCUGCAGCAGCAAUACCUGCUGCAGCAACAGCAACAACAACAACAGCAACAACAGUCGACGGGUAGCGGCAGCAGCAACACCCCAGUGACCCCCAAAUUGCAGACACCGCCACCCGAUCGCUCGCUACCGCCCGCCUUCCGAAGUCGCUCCAUCGAGCGGGAGAUCCUCUACGAACGGAAGCGAUUCUCGCAGCCGGAAGCCGGCGAGAUCAAGGAGCUCGAAAGUACGCCAUCAUCAUCGUCCACACAGCAGACUUUCCCCAACAGCGCAGUCGGUGCGGGCAGAGCGUCGACAGCGGCGGUACCUGGGAGCGGGACAGCGGGACAAACGACGACAUUGGCGGGGCCGCCAGCAACGGCCGCAGCUGCCACAGCUGCGAUCAUCCCGAUAUUGCCGCUCGGCGUUGCCACGCUGCGCGAUGAUUCCACCGAAUCCGAACAGUCCGUGACCUGUGCGCAUAACCAGCUCGAUGCCUACCACCGCAUCAUGUGCCGGGCUCCCAUUGCGUCACUCGACUGUAUGGAGGAGUUCAGUGGCCGUUCGAUCAGCUUGGGUUCCAAUCCGGCGCUGCCCCUCCGCCAUGGAUCCACUCCGACGCCGGGGCUGCGGUACAAGAAUCUCGGCAAGAGCGGACUGCGCAUCUCGAACGUGGGCCUGGGCACCUGGCCGGUCUUCUCGCCGGGCGUCAGUGAUGACCAGGCGGAGGCCAUCCUCAAGCUGGCCAUCGAGAGCGGCAUUAACCUGUUCGAUAUCUCGGAGGCGCACUCGGAAACGGAGAUCGGCAAGAUACUGCAGCGGGCGGGAUGGAAGCGGACCGCCUACGUCAUCACCACCAAGGUCUACUGGAGCACCAAGUCCGAGGAACGGGGUCUUUCCCGGAAACACAUUAUCGAGUGUGUUCGAGCAAGUCUGCAGAGGUUGCAGUUGCAGUACAUCGAUAUCGUGAUCAUCCACAAGGCAGAUCCAAUGUGCCCCAUGGAGGUGGUGCGCGCCAUGAGCUACGUUAUACAACAGGGCUGGGCAAUGUACUGGGGCACCGCCCGAUGGAGCCAGGUGGAGAUCAUGGAGGCGUAUACCAACUGCCGGCAGUUCAACUGCAUCACGCCAAUUGUGGAGCAAUCGGAAUACCACAUGUUCUGCCGCGAAAAGUGCGAGCUCUAUCUGCCGGAGAUGUACAACAAGAUCGGGGUGGGACUGAUGGCCUGGGGUCCCCUCUCGAUGGCCUUGAGCGAUACCCAGAACGGCGACAAGCUCUUCCUGCCCAAGGGAUCCUUCAAGACGAAGAGCUUCUCGUGGACAGAGGACGAAAUCAAUCGCAAUGCCGCUCUGUCGCCGCAGGGCAGUUGGGGCAAGGACCGGAUCGAAGAGGGGCGCCGCCACUGCGACCGCCUCCGUGACCUUGCCGCCCUCGCCGAAAAGCUGGGAUGCAGCCCCACCCAACUUUCGAUCGCCUGGUCGCUGAAACACGAGCCAGUGCAGUGUUUAUUAUUGGGUGCCACCUCGGCGGAACAGCUCCACCAGAGUCUGCAGUCGUUGCAGCUGCUGCCACGCCUCUCCUCGAGCGUCAUGCUGGAGCUGGAGCGGAUAUUGGAGAACAAGCCGGUGCGGCCGCCGAUGAUCUCGACCCUGGCGCUCCGGUGACAAUCAGCGUGCCCGCAGGGGCCGCUCAGCCUGAGCGGCGGCGGACCCUGCGGCGCCGAUUCGCCCAAGCACGAGGAUGAGGCCUUCAUCGAGGAGGUGGACGCUGCCAAGGACGCUGCCAAGCAGGGCUUCUGCCUUAUCCAGUGACAAAAGGAGUCCUUAGAUAAUGAUAAUAAAUUUUUGAAAGUGAUUAGCAGUAAAACUAGCCUAAGUAGCAAUACCAUGACGACAACAAUAAGCAAGCAGGAGCAGCAGCAGCAACAGCAGCAACAACAGCAACAUCAGCAGCAGCAUCAGCAGCAGCAUCAGCAGCAGCAUCAGCAGCAGCAUCAGCAGCAGCAUCAGCAAUAUGUGCAACUACAACAGCAACAACAGCAACAGCAGCAGCAACAGCAACAUUUGCUGGCCAGCGGCAACACCAGCGAUUCGGUAGCUGUUCCCAUCGCAGCAGCUGACCUCCAGUUCGACACCCUGAAUAACAACAAUGUAAACAAUGGCAGCCCGGAUCAGGUUGUGCCCUCCAGCGAGGAGCCUCAGAAACGUCGCUCCCUGCUGAACUUCAAGUCGCUGGACUUUCAUCUCAAGUCCCUUUACAGCGGAUUAAGGAGCACAUCGGGCACCACUCCGCCAAGUCAGCCGAAUAGUUCGGUGCCGGCGAUGGAUCAAACGCAUCGAAGGAUGCCUUAUUUGCGGGUGGAGAGCGUGGAUCCCGAGGAGUCAAGAGGCGGAGGAGGAGGAGGACCAUCGGUAUUGCCAGGACAUUCCACUAGCCUUCUGUCACCCUACACUGGAAGAGGUGGUGGUGGUGGUAGUGGCGUCGUCGUCGGAGGAGGAGCUGCAAGCCUCCAGUUGCCCUCGUCGGAUGGGUCCACCAUUAGGAGAUCCUCCACAUCGGAUAUAGUGAAUUGCAAGAGGGGAGGGGGAGCAGGAGGAUCGGGAGGAUCAGGAGUGAUGGGGUCAGCCUCCGCCCAGGAUAGCCGGAGGCCCAGCACCUCGGAUUUGCUCAGGAAGGCGAGGGAACGCAAAGGCAGUGAGGCCAGAAUGGGCAGGAGUGUCUCCCACAGUGGACUAACCAGAGGUGGGCCCGGCGGAGGAGGUGGUGGCCUGGGGGGCAGACGAACCAGCAUGGCCUUCUAAACAAAAAAAAAAAUACAAAAAAACAUAAAAACUGAGGAAAAUUUAAGCAAUGAGGGGUGACGAAAAGCGGCGAAAAAAAAACUGUUGAUCAAAUCUGAAUCAGAAAUAGGCUGACAAAAUGGCGCUUAUGAAUUUUUAUCUAGUAAAAAAAAAAAAAAAAAAAAAAAAAAAAAAAUACCAAUACCAAUAAUAGAGCAGUUAUUAAGGAACGACUUUUUGUGGAUCUAUUAUCAUUACGAUUAUAAAAAGGUUACUACAAUUGCGCCUCGAAGAGAACUAAAGUUAGUAGAUGAUAAUAAUAAGUAAAAGAUCAGAAACAUAACACUUCAUCUCUCCUAAACUCUGUAUCUCUCUCUUUCUCUCUCCCCCAGCAAUUUAAUAUAUAUAUAUAUAUAUAUAUAUAUAUAUAUAUAUAUAUAUUUAAAGGACCCCAACUUUUAUGACAAUAUUAGAACCUAACUAUCGUGUACUAUCGUUAAUCUAUCGCCUGGCAAAAGCUCUAAAAACUAACCUGCGUUCUGGCCCCAAAAACCAAAAACCAAAAAAAUUAAAAAUUGAUUCAAGAUCGAUCCAUUAUAUCAUCGUACUGUGAGAGUUCAUAUCAAGCGAAAAGGAUACCCAAAGAUAUAUGGGGAUAGCAAUGCAAAUGUCUUUUUGAUUAAUCGAUUAGUAGACUUAACGAGUGCAAAACGAUUGAGGCGCUGAAGGGGAGCGAUGAGCGAUUAAUAAUAAAGAUAAACGAUAACGCAAGGUAGGGGGAAAUUCGUCGGUUAAUUAAAUUUUAGCUAAAUGAAAAAAACAAAAACAAAAAAAAAACUCAAAUGAAAAACUAAUAGAAACAAUUCAAAUCAAAUCUUAUUAUAUAGACAUUACUAGCAUUAUGUAGUUAAAUAAUAACAAUUCAAGCGAAAUUUUUUUAAAAUCAACAAACGAAAAAAAAAAACAAAGCAAAUGCCUUUCAUAACAGC